AUGAACAGGCACUACGCCUCUCCGAAAGGCACUUCCGCCUACCCUCGUGGGUCCAGUGCCUUUCCCAACGGGUUCGUCGUCACUCCAGCCCAGGCCGCGUGUUUCCUGUCCACAGGCAUUGCUGCAGUUGAGCGUUCAAUGACCCAAUUCCAACCUCGGUCGCAACCCGCUCUUCGCAGACGUCGUCAGCUCUUUCAACGUCUGUUCCUCCUCGGUGGGGUAACACUACUGCUGGUGAUCCUUAUCUUCCCCAAUUUGCGCGCCUCGAUCCUCCCAGCUCUCUCCCUCGGUCUCUUUCAUCCUUCCGUCGACCUACAGCUGCAGACCGUCCGAUACUAUGAUCUCUCCGAAGUACAAGGCACGGAGAGGGGUUGGGAACGCGGCGAGCGCGUCCUCAUGCUCACACCUCUACGCGAUGCAUCCUCCCAUCUCCCCAUGUUCUUCUCGCACCUCCGGAACCUCACAUACCCCCACAACUUGAUUGAUCUGGCAUUUUUGGUGUCAGAUUCCAAGGACGACACUCUCCAGAUGCUCUCAGAUAUGCUGCAAGAAGUACAGAACGAUCCCGAUCCCAAGAUGUCAUUCGGUGAGAUCUCGGUUAUCCAGAAGAAUUUUGGACAGAAGGUUCAGCAGGACGUGGAGAGUCGUCAUGGCUUCGAGGCGCAGGCAAGUCGGCGCAAAUUGAUGGCUCAGGCUAGAAAUUGGUUGCUGAGCGCUACGUUGCGUCCUACGCAUAGCUGGGUCUACUGGCGGGAUGCGGAUGUGGAGACUGCGCCUUCUACAAUCAUUGAGGAUCUCAUGCGUCAUAACAAGGAUGUCACAGUUCCAAAUGUGUGGCGACCACUUCCCGAUUGGCUCGGCGGAGAGCAGCCAUAUGACCUGAACUCAUGGCAGGAGUCGGACACGGCAUUGGCUUUAGCAGAUACACUGGACGAAGAUGCUGUCAUUGUGGAAGGAUACGCAGAAUACGCGACGUGGAGACCACAUCUCGCUUACCUGCGUGACCCCUACGGUGAUCCUGAUAUGGAGAUGGAGCUCGAUGGCAUCGGAGGUGUGAGUAUUCUAGCGAAGGCUAAAGUGUUCCGCUCUGGCGUUCACUUCCCUGCCUUCAGCUUUGAGAAGCAUGCAGAGACGGAAGGCUUCGGCAAGAUGGCCAAGCGCAUGAAGUACUCGGUAAUCGGGUUGCCCCACUAUGUCAUUUGGCAUUUAUACGAGCCAAGCUUGGAUGAUCUGCGCCACAUGGAGGAAAUGGAACAGGAGAAGAAGGAUCGAGAGCGCGAAGAGAAAGAACGCGAACUUGCCCAGAAAAAGGAGGGCAGCCAAGUCAAGACCCAGGAUGUGAAUGGCGAGUCUAGUAAAGGCUCUUCCGAGGGACCAGCUGCUCAAGCCGAGAAAGAUGUUGGGAAAGGUUCCUCAAACAAGUAG